CUCGCUCGUAUCUAUUGUCAACAAUUGUUGACAGCACUGAGCAAGUACUAAAUGUUGCUCAACGUGGCACUAGGUCACGUGCGUGGGCGUCACAAAACCACUGGUGAAGUUUGAAUAUACCAACACAACUGUUUACCUAGAGGGACGACCUACAACGAGCCUACCAAUUGCAACGACCAGUUCCAAGAUGUCAAGUAACGACCGUAAAUUGCCAAGUGCUCGCUCACGAGGACCCUCUCUCGCUGUGCGAUUCUAUUUAAUUGCAUUCAAUGCAUUAUCGGCGGUAGGAUGGGCCUAUGUCAUUUAUCUCGCUCUUGUCGUGUUCGGAGGUCAACGCGCUUCAAGUUCAGCAUACGACCUCUUCAAACCACUUGCUUCAUAUGUGCCAACUUCAAUCGUAGCAUUCUUCAUACCGCAGCCUAAAACAACAAACAAUUUCUCCACCACUCUUGCAUAUUCCUUACAUCCAUAUUUUCCCGCAACAUACGAAUCCACGUUCUCUGCCCUUGCACCUGUGCAGUCGCUUGCCGCCCUUGAAAUAUUGCAUGUCCUCCUUGGGUUUGUGCGCUCCCCGCUCCCGACAACUGUCGUCCAGGUCUCCUCGCGUCUUAUCCUGGUCUGGGGAAUCGUUCACCGCUUUCCAAGUACCCAUUCGAGCCCAGUCUAUACCACUAUGAUCCUUGCCUGGGCGCUGACCGAAGUGCCACGCUACGCCUACUACGCGCUCUCCCUUGCAGGUUGCGGCGUGCCUGCAUGGCUGACAUGGAUACGCUAUUCCACAUUUUAUGUCCUAUAUCCCAUCGGCGCGGGAAGUGAGGCUCUGGUCAUGUUGAGCACCAUUUCAGAGUGGAGUAACGGCAGGUGGACAGUGUGGAGCACCGAGGACUGGGUCAAGGCGGGUAUGGUGGCAAUUUGGGUGCCUGGACUGUGGGUGAUGUAUUCUCAUAUGAUGCGCAUGCGCCGCAAGGUGCUUGGCGUCGGCAAGGGCCAGAAGUUGGGAGCAAAGCCCAAAGACAGGCUUAAGGCGGAGUGAGAGGUACCAUGAAUACGAAAUGUCGCCAAUUAUUCGCAUACCCUGGAACUAAUUACCUUACGAUAUUAUCACGCCUAGAAUCAUCCCCCACUACUUGUGUAGUGCAACCCAGUAUGUGCAAUUCAUCUCGGGUGGGCUGGAUGUAUCGUGUUGCACGCGCAGACACAUACA